CUGGCUUGCUCAGAGCUAGGAGUUCUGAUCUCAUUUUCGGAUCUCAGUUAGAAUCACCAGAAAAUGAUUUUUCGUAAAAGCUUUCUGCUUUUCGCUUUAAUUCCUUUAGUUKUCAAUGUGGCCACUGAGGAAGAGAAAGAUGAGAAGAUAGAGAGUCUUCCGGCAGAGUUAAGAGAAGAGAAUCUUCCUACCGCUAAACCAGCUCCUAGUUUUAAAAUCCUAGCAAUCCUUGCAAGAAUGGAAGCAAGACUUCGACGUCUUGAAGCCCUCGGUGUGCAGCAACUCAGAGGAAGAGAUGGUCGUGAUGGUAUGCCAGGGAAGCCAGGAAAGGACGGUCACAAUGGAAGAGAUGGUGAACAAGGACCAAGGGGACCAAGAGGAUUUCGAGGGGUUCGAGGAAUCAAUGGAGCAAGAGGUCCUCGAGGACCUCCAGGUGGCGGGGUGCAGUACGUUAGAUGGGGAAAGACUUCUUGCCCUCGUAUUUCUUCUCUCGUUUACAAAGGUAUCAUUGGUGGAGAGCACUACACGCAUCCUGGUGGUGGUACAAACUACAUGUGCCUCACAGAUAAUCCCAAAUAUGUGAAUGCCAAACCUGGUUUCCAAAAUGGUGGAAGAAUGUAUGGUACCGAAUACGAAGUCAACGAUAACGCGCAGUUAUUCACAAAAACACUUCAUGAUCACGAAGCUCCAUGUGCUGUAUGUUAUGCACCUUCCCGCACUGCCAAAUUGAUGAUCCCUGGGACAAACGUGUGUCCCGCGGGAUGGAAGACGGAGUACUGGGGCUACCUCAUGACGGAGCAUUACUCUCAUCCCCACCCAAGAGAUUUUAUCUGCGUCGACAGGGAUGCAGAAACUGUCGUUGGUUCGCAUAAGAAUUAUAAUGGCGCUCUUUUGUAUCCAGUUCAAGGGGUUUGUGGUUCUCUGCCUUGCAAUCCUUAUAAGCAAGGCUUAGAAUUGACAUGCGCAGUGUGCACAAAGUAAUACUGUUAAUGAAAAAAUGAUGACACGGUUAUUACUGUAUGCUAAAUAAAACACGCUCUCCAAAACAA